AUGUUGGCGCACCUCCACCGCCCGUGCGUACGGAGUUAUACGUACCGACUCUUCAAUACUUCCAGUCACCGACUCCAUGAAAACCCACUUGGUCUUCCGCGCAAUACAGACCGGCCCGCGCCGUCCAUUCCUCGCCGAGGCGGACUUCCGGCCAAACGUGGCAUACCACAUGUGAAGCGUGUCGUACUGGUUGCAAGUGGUAAGGGUGGUGUGGGAAAGAGUACUGUAGCUGUGAAUCUUGCAUUCGCGCUUGCCAUGCGUACAGGGAGGCCAAGAAUCGGAGUACUGGACCUAGACGUGUUUGGGCCAAGUAUACCGAAGCUGAUGGGCCUCGACGGUGACGGCGCGGAAGAACCACUGCUUACACCUGCCGGCGCGCUUGUCCCGCCGACGAAUCACGGUCUACCCUGCAUGUCAAUGGGGUUCCUUCUUGGUCCUGGGCGCGAGAGCGAAGAUAAAGCGGUCGUGUGGCGCGGCCUGAUGGUGCAGAAGGCCGUUCAGCAGUUGCUCUUCGACGUUGACUGGCGCGCACCGCUGUCACUCGAACGACCGAACGAAACAAAUGGACCCGGUUUGGACGUGUUGGUUAUCGAUAUGCCGCCUGGGACUGGCGAUGUACCGCUCACGGUCGGACAACUGGUGAAUGUCGACGGUGCUGUUGUUGUCAGUACCCCGCAGGACGUGGCGCUUGCGGAUGUGAGGAAAGGGAUUGCUAUGUUCCGCAAAGUCGGCGUACCGAUUACUGGCCUGGUACUGAAUCAAUCGCACUUCUUCUGCCCAUCCUGUGACACUCCGCAUGAACUCUACGGUUCUGCGGAGCGCUUCACAGCGGUCUCGGACCAGCUGGGCGUUGACAUGCUCGGACAACUACCGCUCGUACCAGGCGUUAGCGCGAGUGGCGAUGGUGGCCAACCGUAUGCGCUGAUAGGCGGUGGUGCCGCGGAGGGCAAGGGCGCAGAGAUGUGGAAGAGCGAAAUGGAGAAGGUCGCUGACGCUCUAUGGAAGUCUUUGAAGUUCGAGACACCAUAG